CGUCAAGAUAUUCGUAUUUCCAAGCGAUGCCAUCGCCCCAGUGUCCUGGUUGCCCUUGACAUUGCUGACUCGAUGGAGAGUGGCUCUGAGCACCUGAGCAGUCGCGACACAGAGCCCUUUGACGAAGCCGAGUCCGAGUCGCCUGUACUCGACAUCGAUCGACUAAUCGAAGGCGCCCUUGUGAGGCAACUCUCACGCAGGGUCGAGUCGGCUCUGGAGCUGUUUCCGCCUCUUUCGCAUGACGCUGAAGCAGAGACAGACACCCGAUUGCAUGAAGACCCAACCAUGCGUCAAAGCACCUCGACGCUGCCCAGUCGGAUGGCGGGGCGAGUCUCGGGCAACCUCAGACCCGUCCCGUUUCGACCGAGCCAUCCUCUCGAGCGCGAAGAUGUGGAGCCCUGCGACGACUUUGAAAUCGAGGAGUAUUUCCGACAACACCGCAGCUUCCAAAGAGGCAAGACGCGGAAGCAGCCUCAAGAUCCGUGGUGGUUUGGCUCAUCCAGUUGUGGGGAGGGCGGCCUGAGCUCGUUCCCUCGUCUGGACGAGUGGCCACCAAUGAUGUCGGGUGAUGUUCGGCCAAGCGUUGCGACUGAAGAAACGUCAACCGUGGACAAUGUGAAUCCUGGUUGUUUGCUUGACGAGGUUGCUGCCAACACAGCAACCACGGCUUCAGCAAGCCCGAGCGACUUUGACCAUCCAGGGAAGAUCCGUGACGACCAAGCCGAGGAAGAGGCUGUUGGGGCGGCCCAGCUCCGAGCCGUCAUUGCAGCAGCCGAGGCCCUCGGAUAUGGUAGCACAUCCGUCUGUGCGACCUCGCCAGUACUCGACGCAGGCUCGCCCACAUCGCUUCUCGAGCCGCAAAGUGCCGAGCGGCAGUUCCAGGCUGUCGUUGCGGCAGCGAAUGACGUCUUGAGAGAACGAGAGCGUGAACUGGCCUCGCAUCGACGCAGCAACGCGCUGCCGUCGUUUGGGUACUUUGCAGGUUUGAUUUGGAAUGCAAUGCCUCAUCUAUUUCUCGAGCCUGGGCUCUGGCCAAGCAUGUCGAUAGGAAGUAACUCGACCAGCCCAAAGCACGAGACCGGAUUGCAUGGACGGCCCUCGGUGCUGUCGAGCCGCGAGCCGAUCCACGGCGGAGAAGGGGAGCCGGCCCGUCGAACCGUCAGCGUCCGCCAAGCAGCUCGGGCCAGCACAUCAACCCGACCCGGCCAAGUUGCCCACACGGACUCGACACAUCGCUGGACCGCACCGGAGCGCCGCGGCGUGGGGCCAGAGCCGGAUGGGCUCGAGAUGCGGCCGAUGGUGCGGGGCCACUACAUCCCGAGCGACCGAGCUCCACCCGAUGACCCGGAUCCGUCGCUGGGGCUGGUGCCGUAUCCGCCGCCGCCGCCGCCGCCCCUGGUCUUUGCGCCUCCCACGGUUACCAGCAAUCAGGCUCGGGACUGGGACUGGUGGCAAGAGCGCGCGGCCGGGGUGGCCGAGGUGACCAAGGACGUAUGGACGGCCGAGGUCUGUGCCCAGCGGCUGCGGGCCGAUGUUGGCAGCCGGGACGCUCAAGCCGACAGCGACGGUACAUGCGAGCUUCCCAAGCCAAAGACAGCCGACCCAGCCGACGACAGCACACGGACCCGGGAGAACGACCAGCCCAGGCAAGACCGUGGUUGCCGCAACCGCCUGUUUGACGACGAUAACCUGGGGCUGCCGCAGGACGAGUACAUCCACCAGACGACGUCGCGGGGCCAGCGGGAUCUUGCGAUCCUGCUUGACCAACGAGACGAGCCCGAGCAACAGCAGCCAGGGACACCGCGGAUGCAUUGGAUGGACUGAACAGGGAAGCAAGACAGAGACAAACACGGCACAGAC